UCACGGAGCGGUGUCUCCCUAUGAGGAGGGGGAGGAGCCAGACGCGGGAAAUGGCGGUGUGAUGUCACCUGAGAGACUCGGUGUGUCCUCCCGGUACAGGUCUCUGUAAGGCUGCAGCAAAGAUGUGCGGACGCACAGCCUGUACCCUGGCACCGGACGACGUCGGCAAAGCUUGUGAAUAUCAAAACAAACAGGGAGAAAGAAAGCGUCCUGGGUGGCGGGACGGCGAUUCUGACAAGUACAAGCCGUCGUACAACAAAUGUCCCCAGUCUAACAGCCCCGUCCUCCUGUCCUUGAAGCAUUUUCAGAAGGAUGCCGACUCAUCAGAGCGAGUUCUUGCCGCCAUGCGCUGGGGUCUUAUCCCUUCCUGGUUCACCGAAACCGACCCCUCCAAAAUGCAGUACAACACCAGCAACUGCCGCAGCGACACCAUGGCUGAGAAAACCUUGUACAAGGGGCCGCUCUUUAAAGGAAAGCGCUGUGUGAUUCUAGCAGAUGGAUUCUUUGAGUGGAGAAGGCAGGAUGGUGAAAAACAGCCAUAUUAUAUAUAUUUCCCACCAAUUAAAGCCGAACAGCCUUCAGAUGAGAAGAGUUCUACUGAUGGUGGUGGCAGCAGAUUACUCACUAUGGCUGGACUGUUUGACUGCUGGGAGCCACCCAACGGAGGGGAGCCUCUGUAUUCCUACACAGUAAUUACAGUGGACGCAUCCAAGGCCAUGAACUGGAUACAUGACCGAAUGCCGGCUAUACUGGAUGGAGACGAGGAGAUCCAGAAAUGGUUGGAUUUUGGGGAGGUGCCUCCCAAAGAAGCACUUAAACUCAUUCACCCCACUGAAAACGUCACCUACCACCCCGUGUCCACCGUAGUGAACAACUCCCGCAACAACGCCCCGGAAUGCAUCGUUCCCAUCGUUCUGAAACCCAAAAAGGAGCCGGCACUCAGCACCAGCAGUAAGAAGAUGUUGGAAUGGCUGCAGAGUAAAUCUCCAAAAAAAGAAGAGUCGGGAGGAGGUCUGCUGAAGUCCCCAAAACUUUCUCAGUUUGCGGUGUCACCAAAAAAGACCAGCGCGGGGUUAAUGCACCAGUGGCUGAAGAAAGAAGGGGAGCCUUCUCCGAAGAGGGUGAAGAGAUGAUGGCGCAGAUGGCGUGCUACAAUUCGCGCAAUGGCUGUUCCCGUCAACAAGCAUUAUGCUGUCUUUGCCAGCAGUUUUCCCGUUUUUUAUUUACUUCCGUUCUUUGGAAAUAAAACAAUCCGAUUGGUCGGGUUACUCUGCUUCCCAUUUUGCAGAAAUGGUACCAGGAUUGUAAACAGAAUUUUACACAAACUUUGAAAACAAAGUGUCCUUAUCCUCUGUCAUCUUACCCACCCCCCCUCCAGAGAUGAAUACUGGCUUCAAUCCAACGGCCGUUGCCUCCGGUUUUUACAUCCAGCUCUGCAAAUGUUCGCUGUCCUGCUACACCUGGAAAUCUGUCUAAUGUGCAUUUAUCAACCAACCAGGCCAGACUAAGGGCUCUUUCACACUGAGUGCCUGUACAGGUCCGUCUGUCGUUUUUUUUUUGCAGGCCU